AUGGCACCAUUUGAGGCCUUGUAUGGAAGGAAGUGUAGGAGUCCACUAUGUUGGAGUGACAUAAGUGAAACAAUAAUUCUAGGUCCUCAAUUGAUAGAAGAAACAACGAAGCAAGUGCGAGAAAUCCAAGCUAAGAUUCAAGCUGCUCAAGAUAGACAAAAGAGCUACGCAGAUUUAAAGCGUAGAGAAGAGGAAUUUCAAGUUGGUGACAAGGUUUUGCUCAAGGUAUCACCAAUGAAAGGAGUAAUGAGAUUUUGGAAGAAAGGGAGGAGUCUAAAGUACAUUGGAGCAUAUGAGAUUUUGCAAAGAAUAGGAAAUGUUGCUUAUAGAUUGGCAUUGCCUGUGGACCUCAGCAAGGUACACGAUGUGUUUCAUGUUUUUCAAUUGAGAAGGUACAUCCCAGACAAGUCACAUGUCCUACAACCUGAAACCGUAGAACUAGACCAAAGCCUAACCUAUGAGGAAAAACCUGUAAGGAUUCUUGAUAGUAAAGUUAAUAGUACACGCAAGAAAGAUGUCAAGAUAGUAAAGGUUUUGUGGUCGAAUCAAGAAACUGAGGAAGUGACACGGGAAGCUGAGGAUGAAAUGAGAAAGAAGUACCAAGAAUUGUUUGAGGUUAGUUGA